GUGACAAUCCCUGAGACACAGCCAAAUUCCACAGAGAAGCCCAAUGUGUCAAAAACCAUGAACUUGAUGGACUCAAGCAGACAUCGUCCAGGAGGCAGAGAGAUUCUGGGGCUCAGGGGGAAGGAACAAAGCAAGAGGGAAGGAAGGUCUAUCUGACUUCUUCAGCAGGAGGACUUGGAAGGAGGGAGCAGGGAACCCAGGAGUUGGGAGGGUCUGCUGGGCUGCAUGCUGGGGAGGGGCUGUGGCUCCCUCCCUCCUGCCAGCAGCCCUUUGUGAUGAGGAGGCCACAGCUGUGUGAUGUGAGCCUGAGCCCUCCUGACAAGCCUCAUACUGUGCUCCCUGGACUCAGUUGCUUGAGAGCCUCAGUGAGAUUCAGAAGAUGGAGAGUUCUGUCCUUCAGCUGAAAAGCCUUAGUGACUCCUGGAUGAUUCUCAGCUCCAUUUUCAUAGAGAUGGACGUGAUCUUUGGUGUUAUGUGUGGAGUAGGGCUCUUCUUCCUACUGAUCCCCUUCCUGAAGAUAUACCCAGUGUCACCACCACCUGAGAGUGGAAAGAACACCCCAAAGGUGAGGAGGAGGAGGCAGAGCAAGACCAGGAAGAAAAAUGCUUCUGUAAAAGGUUAUAGCGAUGACAGAAAGAGUGUGGAAGAGAACCAGAAUCCAUCACAACCUGUGGAAAUGUAAGAAAUCUACCUCUUGUGAAAUUAUUUAUACCAAUUCAGGAUGUGAGCUCAGGGUUUGGGGCUUUUCAUACAGAAGAUAUUAUGCAGGGUAGGACUGAAAUACAGCCCUGUCAGACUGACAAUAGGGGUACGGAGGCAGUGAAGGGGCUGUGGAACACAGGCACCACAUGCUGACAGACUGAUGGGCCUCUUCACCCUCUGCCUGGGACUAAUGGUUUUCCUCUGUCUUCUGCAGCCCCAUCAACCCUCCUUUACUGGACUCCACACCACACGCCUUUUGGAACUCUAAUAAGAAACAGGAUCAGCUUCCCAUCUCUCAGCUGCUGUCUUACCUCAAGGUCUUAGAGGAUCUUAUACAGAGGAAAUUUAGCCGAACUUUCUGGGGCAUGUCCUCUGUGCUCUCUGAGUCAGUGGUAGCUACUGCCUGGGUCUCCAGGAGACCUUCCUCUGUAGCAAACCAAACCUCACCAUUCUGUAAUACACAUGGCCCUUCCCCAGAUCUACCUCUGGGCCAAGGACCUCCACAGAUUUCUCAGUCCCAGCCAUUGUCCCACCAACUUGUGACACAAAACAUGGUGGGUGUGACAGAGGUCCAGACAUUCAACAGCCUCCCAAGCUCUAUACCAAACCUAAUGUCUUCUUCGUCCAAGAGCAGGGCCUGUGGAACAACAUGUUGUAACACUGGGAUGAAGGUAUUGGCAUCCCUCCUGACUGAAAACCAUCCCUGGCAGCAGGAUCUGGAGUGGAAAGACACCAUAGGCGCUAAUGUCCAAAGUCAUCAAGCAGCCAUUAGCCGGCCCACUCACAACUUGCCCAGGGACAUCCCACCCGCUGAAGCUAUCAGGUCGGCCUCCAUCCCUCCUGAGCAUUGUCAGUUCCUCCAGCACCAUGAGGAGCCACAGAGGGAAUACAGGAUGACGGAGGUGAGAACACAAGGCCCCCCCUUCAGGUUCCUCCCAUCCCAGGAACUGACGCAGCUGCAGGGACGCUUCCCAGCAAACAGUCAUCGCCAGUCUAAGGACAAGCCUGAACUCCCCCAGCCUGCCCAGCCCUCCAUCCUCUACUACAAAAGCUGCAAGUUGAGUCAGAUGAUGGAGUCUACGCCCUCAGGGAUGCCCUUAAAGAAGGACCCAGCAAAAUGUAAAAUACAUGACCCCAACAAGGAGGGCCCCAGUUUUAGGGCCAAAGUCUUGCCUUGCACUUCAAGCAGCACCCCUGGGCAGGGUCUGGAACCCAGAAACCCUGAACUGAGGACAGAGCAGCUGUCUUAUGUGAACACCACCCAGGACCUUUCCUUCCUUGACCCAAAAACCCAAAGGAAGCUGGACUCAAGCAUCAAACAGCUUCCUGUGAAACGCAGAUGGAAAUCUUAUCUACAGACUCUUUUGUCAAGUGAUCUCACCCAACCAGGGGUUCCAGCCUCAUUCCGUCCCCAGCCUGUGUAUCCCACCUCACCCUUCUCUGUUUCUAAGUCAGAGUACUGUCCCAAGGCUGCCACAAUCCUGGAAAAAUUGCAUCACCAAGAUCCAGGAGGGACAAGGGUAGAAACUGUGUCAGCGUCCAGGCUGCAGAGUCCUCUGUUUGCACACUCACCUUCAGAGGUUCAGAAGAUGCAAAGAGCCACUCCAGCAGCUGCCAGCCAUGGGCCCGCCAAGGCCCAUCCAGAUACAUGGCAGAGCAACCUAAGCACUCGAGCCAAAGAUUACUGUUUCCUGGCAAGAACCCAGAAGAGCAGGAUUGUCCAAGGGAUUGGAAAAGGCAGCCUGCAACCAAGGACCAGCCCAAGAAUUGUCAGAUAUGAACCAUGGAAGAGGUUUGAGAAUGUGGCCUCAAUACAUCCCUAUUGGUGUGGUACAAUGGUGGAUCCUGAAGUAAGGACCCCAUCUUCAGUGGCCAAACAGACCAACAGAAUAGUGGAGGUGAUAAGAGAGACACCUUCUCCAUGGAAAGUGAUCCUUGGGGCCAGCAAGAUUCCCAAUGGCCAAAAUAUCAAUAACAAUCUCAGAGACUUUGAAUCUGUAGAGGCCAAUAGAAACCCAGGCCAUUUCCAAACAUGUCCACAGCGCUCAAGUGGCCCGGCUCUAAAACCACAGGUGCUUAGAGAGGUUGGCUUUAAAUCAAAUAAGCAGCUACCGUCAUGGCCUGCUAGGCUCCUUCCAGACAAUCAAAGUACUGUGUGCCCCACGACAGUCAGUUUGCCUACACAGCACUCUGUUCCCAGAUUCCAGAACAGAUCCAAAAAUCCCAAGACUUCUCAGGGCCUAGGUGAUGUAUUCAAGAGGAGAGACCAAACCCAAAAGACCCAGAAGCUCAGUGUCCCCAAGGAUAAGAUUCAAGCAAGUAAUCACAAAAUAUUUCCUCCCAGUGAAGAGAAGAAGGAUUGUAUGAGAUCCAGAGCCAAAAGCCAGGGAGAAAAUCUUGGGAGAAUGGGGCUCUCCCAAGCCUGGGACCUCAAUAGCUCUACCCAACCCCAGGAUACAGUCAUUACUGAGAGUCAACCCUCCCCUGAUAAGCCAGAAAACAAGCAGGCUCCUACAGGAAGCUUUCUCAAGAAAAUGGUAAGGAAUAUUCUACAAUACCUCAACCUCAGCACCAAAGACAAGAAGCAGGGGGAUUGUCUGAGGAAUGAAAGCACCCCACCAACUACUAUACAGACUAGGGAGGUAAUCACAAAAGAGAAGCUCAUCUACAAUAUGACAGCCAGAGUGCAAUCUCUCAUGAAUGCUGUGACACAGGUCUUGAUCGACAGGCUGGGCCUUGAUAUAGAGGAACCAUCAAAGGUACAAUGGUGUAAACUAGAAUCACUGACAUCCCAACUGGGUGCCUCUUCCUGCUUUUCUGAGGGUCUCUAUGACACAAAGAAAAGCAGAACAGUGGGGAAAAUGAGCUUUGGUCCCCACACCAGUUCCAAAGGACACAACCAUCCACUCAGAUACAGCGGAAUUGGAGACAAACAGCAGUUGAGUGUUGAUGCCCAGAAAGCCUGUGAUCAACAUCAGAACAGAGUGAAGACAGGAAUGGACUUCAACCAACUCCCCACCCUCAAGGGGAAGAGCCAUCCACUCCUGUACAGGAGAACUGGAGACAAGCAGCAGUCAGGCACAGCUAGCAAAACAGCCUGUGACACCGAUCAAAUUAGAGUGAAGAGUGGAAUGGGCUACGGUCCACACAGCAACCCCAAGGGGCACAACCACCCAUUCGUAUACAGAGAAAUUGGAAACAAACAACAGUCGGGCGUUGUUCGUAGAGCCUGUGACCCACAUCAAAGUACGAAAAAAGUAAUAGGCUAUGGCCAUCUCAACAGCCUCAAGGAGAAUGAUCAUUGGGUCAUGUACAGAAGAACUGGAGACAAGGAGCAGUCAUAUGCUGCUGCCCAGAGAGCUGGUCACCCCAAAUGGACUUUAUCAGCACAGGCCAAGGUGCAGGUGUCUCAGGACACCUUGACCUUUGCUCACUAGUAAGUCUUCCAAAAGCUGUCUCAUCCCCCAGCCAUUGUUUCCCCCCAUGCUUUCCUGGUAAUAAACGUUGGAUUUUUCCUGCAAA